AUGUUAGCGCUUCUGAUCGCGAUAACGAGGGCUCUGCUGGCACGUUCACCCCGGGACACCAGGAGAAAAAGCGAGCGAAUCCUCGUCGAAAUCUGGAAGGCGUAAAAAGGGUCAAAUUCGAUUUCAUUAACUCUUGGAGGAGGUGAUGGCUCCCCUUCUGGAUCUACCACUGCGCUUCAGACACUGGGCAGCAGGUGCAAUAAAUCACGUCAAAGGAUGCUUUGAUACAAUUAAAAUUAAAAAACAUCUAGUACGUGUAAAGCAAACAGAAGACACGAAACGAGGAUGCAACGUGUUCAGAUUUCAGAAACAUAUCGGAUAAAAUGGUAACCACGUGAAAGUAAUGGCCAUCUUGGAUGACUUGAUGCUAGCAGUGAUUUCGAGCAGUCUGUACCAAGUAGUAAAACAUGGGUUUAACAGCUGAAAUUAUCACCAACAAUGAAGAAUCUCUUCUCAAAGAUGUGUUGGUGUCCAAUGACCACUGUGGAAAUCAUCGCGUUAAGGCUGUGCAUUUCUCACCUACUACAGUCGUGACAGCGCAAUCAGUGCCCAGAACGCUCUGCAUGAGAAGCGGACUUUACCAGGGGCAAGUGUUUACACUUUUACCGUGCAAUUUGCCUACUUUCUGGCUCCUUGCAAUUCAACGACUCGAUUUAUCUUGUGUGGAUCUUAUCAGAAUUCUUCUUGAUAAGGAGGAAACUCAAAGGAAAUACCUCAUAAAUAUCAUAAUUCACAGUGAGUCGUCGACGCAUCUGCACGAGUAGGGACAGGAAAUUUCGGUGCCUCGUUUUGGCUUUAUCGAUGGCCUGCUUGUUCGUUUUGCGGUCUGUACAGGCUCACUUAACAACUCAUAAAGUCGUCCACGUGCAAUUCGGCUGCAACCUCGUAACGGCAUUAUACCUUGUUGACCUCGGUCAACCUAACACGGGGAGUCGGUGUUAGUGGCCGUGGCUGCGGCGGCAUCGUCGCCUGGAAAUUGAAACAAAUAUUUUACGAGGGUUCCGGAGUUACGACGAUAAUAAUUAAAAGGUGGUUCUUGCUCGGCGUCCGAGCGUCGCGCAUAGGAUAUAAAGCCAGCGGCUCAGAUAUUGCCGUCAGCCUGCUCCGAGAUGUUCGAGAUCUUUGAUCUACGGAACCGCCUGGUCUUCCGCUGGUUUUAAUUACGAGCCCGGAACUACGAAGAACUUUCGAUUAAACGCGUAAGAACCGAAGCCCCGAUGAACGUUUUAGGAACUAUUAUUAGAGGCUGAGGUAACCAGGCGCAACGGACUUUACGAUAAGGGAACCAGUUUUACACUUCGUUCACCCUACGAAUGUCUUUAACCCUGCUACGCGAUUUUAAAGGGUGCCUCGAACGAUCUCACGGACUUAUCCGCCACGUAUCGCGCUGCUUCCAGUUAUCGGGGAUCAUUUUCAGCCCCAAGGGGUUCGAGCGAGCCGGCUUAAAGCGAAACGAAUCGCCUUCGAUACAGCCCAUACGUGCACGAGAAGUGGAAUUCUUUUUGUUCCAUUCCUCACGAUACGGUGAUACGAUCAUGUCAAUGACUGUAGAUGCAAAAGACUGGACAUUCCUUUGUUUUCAAAGGGUCAUGAUUUAGGAGAUUGCAGGCACCCGUAGAUGAGGUUAGGUCUUCAUGCAGAAAACACAACCGAUAUGAUAAUCACACCUGUUUCACCAGUCCCUGACAUCUGAAAAGACCCAAUUUUCACUCCCUUUGAUUCUAUUAUUAUAUUUUUGUUAUCAUUAUUAUAAUUGUUUGACAAACUUGU